AUGACUAGCGUGAGUGGGAAAAAUUCAGAACCCGAUACAAGCCACAUGGGUACGUCCUGCCCCUCCUCUAAAGAUGGGAUCAAUGAGAACAGCGACACACAACCAGAGGAGGAGAGGACUCAAAGGAACUUAAGCAAGCAACAUAAGAAUGGCACACAUGCAUUUGUCACCAGUAAUACUUCAAAAGGCAAGAGUAACGUAACGAUGGUCCAUGAGGAGAGGACACAAACAUACACACCGUUCGAAGUACAACGGGCAUUUAAAAGUGAUACCAGUCUGAAGGCAGAACAGCCAUCCAGUGAAACCCACGCAAAGGGAACAAGUCUCACCGGCGCAAGUGACAAAAGGAAGAGUCAACACUCUACUAGCAAAGUGACCUCCCCAACCUGCUCCGCGAAAACAUACAAAGAAAGGGUCACCGGUAAAGUAGAGCAGGUCAACGAAGCUGCAGUAAUUGAAGCCAGGGCCAAGAAGGACGUGACCGAAAUGGAAACACCCCAGUUGGGACGCCAACCAAGUGAUUCUCAAAAUUUGCCGAGCGAAAAAAAAAAAAAAAGGAAGAAAAAGAAAAAAAGAAAAGGAACCACCAUUCAUGGGGUUAUGAAUGACGACGCGAACGACAGAACGAAGGAACCAGCCAAAGGAGAAAGCAGCCUCCAGUACGAGUCCUGGCACGAGAUGGGCGACCCGGAAGGGGAGGAUCCGCCCAGCAGGAAGAUGCAACCCAGCGGAAGUGACUCAGUCGUGGAGGACACACAAACGGGAAAGAGCCGAACAAAUGAGGACACCGAAUCUAAUGCGAACGAAAACAGGAUGAACCCACAAGACGGCUGGCCCAAGAAAAAAAUAACCCUCCUUAAGAGGAACGAAAUGAAGUAUGAAAAAUACACAGGGGGAGGAAAUUACCCCAUAGGAACUGCCCCUAGUGGAGGAAAAAAGUGGCACCAAGACACAUCCCAGAAGACACUCGAGCAAAGAGAAAAAGAAUAUAAAAAAAUACGAGCCAGAAUUUUUUCCAAUUUUAAUAAAAAGAAAAAUAACUUAAAGGUCCCUGAUGACUGCAUGUUCAAAGACGGUUCUAACGGUGUGCACGAUCUUCCCCCAGUUAACCAUUUUGCCAUGCCGGUUGGAAGUCCUUACGGUGCACCCAUGAACAGUACUUACGACACAACCCUUAACAACAUCUACGCGUGCGCGAUGACUGGAGCCUAUGCCCCGGCGAAUACCAACCCGUAUGGUACCAACUUCUGUAACCUCCCCCCUAGUAACCAUGACAAUCACCUGUACACACAUAACACUAUGCAUAUAGGCCGGAUGAACGCAACAAACGAUGUGCCUCCGCCACCCCCGACCUUCUACCCAAGCGGACAAACAGUGUACACAAAUUACAUGUACGAUAUGCAAAACCAAUCAAGCUUUCCCAACACAGGUGCGUCCUUCCCCUUUCCCAUGGAAGCAAGUGCCAACUGUUACCCGCACUACAAGAAUGUUAAUUACCUACCCGGAAGGAGGAAUAUUUCAAAUCGGGGCAAAACACAAAUGGUAGAUAGUGGCACCAAGGGAGACGUAAGUAAAGAUACGCUAAUAGGUAUAAACCAGUAUGAAAUAAACAGUGGUGGUUAUAACAGUGGGGCGUACGUCGAAGGAGGAGUGUACCCCACAGGUACAUAUAACAACAAUGUGCAUAACAAUGGUAUGUAUGCUUGCGGGGUGCAAAGUGGAAUCCCCCCCACUGAUCCCAUGCAAGGCACUGCACUGAUGAAUCUCCCACAACAGAACAGCCUCGCAAACAUCACGCACGUAGAUGCGAUUAGCCAAAUGACCAACCAAGGUAAACUCCUCAACACAGUUAGGACAACCUUCAAAGGAAAACACUUUACAUCUUUAACUAACAGAUUGAAUCAAGACGUUUGUAAAAAAAAUAAAUCAGCAAUGGACAAACAGAUCAACAGUGGCUCCAGGAAGAAAGCAGCAAAUGGAAUACAUAACAAUAGCAUAGCUUCUGAAGUGCCUAGCCAAAUGGACUUCUGUCAUGGGGGGAUGGAAAAUGUACACAGCUCUGCUGGUGCUACGGUCACUGGGGUGGGAGGCACCUCUCGGAGGAAGAAAAAGGACGACAAUGCCAGGGGUGUUUCCAGUACCGCUGUACCUACAAAUGCAUGCACAAUGACAAGCAACAACUUGGUGAACACCACCCCAUUGAACUUCCACACCAAUGAUGGGCACCGCUGGGAACAUACAAACAAAAAGACUAGCGAUAUAGAAAGUGCGAAGGGAAAGCGAAUACAAGCAAGCUCUCCCCUGGUUAACGCCAAGGGAGAGACCCACAUCAACAAGCAGCAACCCCAUUGCACUACUCAAUCGGAGGGCACCGCCGAGGAACAAUUCCCACAUCACACAAAUGAAGAAGGCGCUCUGGGUGCAAGAAGUGAUUCAAAGAAAAACAAAAAAAAAACAUGCUCUCUUCAGGUGAAUAUACCAAAUGAAGGGCAAGAAAGAAAGACCUCCCAGUGGAAGGGAGAGGAACUACCCUCUCCACCACUCCACCACAAUGAUUCACAACCCGCAAGGGAGAACCCCUUAGCAGGUGCGCUCACCAGCACGAACGACAAUAAAGGUACUACACAUACCAAUGCAAGCUGCUCAAAUGGGGGAGAUAAGAAUAGGCCACUGCCAAACCUAGACGACAUGACCAAUAACACGGACGUGAAGGGGAAAAAGAAAAGGAAUAACAAAAGGAAGAAAAAGAAAAAUGCGCAAUGUGGUGUGACAACGGGGACGGUUACCUCUAUGGGGUCAUCCAUGGGGCCACCCAUCACCACCGUGACCACCACUGCGAUGACGCCGCCCUCGGUGAACCCUCAUGCAGCCAACGCCAUCCCCCUUGGCAGCCCCAACGGACCAAUACCAAGUACCCCUUACCUACAAAGCCAAAGCAUACCCCCCGGAAGAACGAACCACCCAGUGCACAAGUAUAGCGACCCCCUCUUUGGCAUUGACGAGCUAGAGUACUGCAGGGACAUAACCCUAUACGAAAGGAGAUAUGAUAAGGGCAACAACACGUUAGAAAAUAGUAAGAGGUACGAUGUGGAUUUCCCUUCUUUGUAUUGA